AGGCUUGGACUCCUAAUUGCAAACUCAUUAAGGAGUUUGCAUCUCAUUUACAUGGAAAUCAUUUCCUGGGCCCUCAACAGAGAACUGUCCUCUCUAUCCAUCAGGCAUACUGUGCCCAGUUCGACCCAUCUACAGAGUGGGACAGAAGGGGGCCUGUCUUUCGGCCAGUGCCCCCCUCCCCAGUCUACCCACUGGGAGUCCCGGAAAGGGGGGCGGUUGGCAGAGCACCCACCAGCAAGGAACCCUGCCUGCGCCCCAGGUCCUUUUGGAAGUCCUCAAGUGCUGGCUCUGCAGAAGGACUUGCCCUGGCCAGACAGUGGGAAUUCAGUGACCUGGUCAUACUCAGGAGGAAAUUGAAACCUGUGAGGAUAGCUUGCUCUCCCAGACUGUAUUAGAGCUGGUUUCUGUCCUGGUCCUUCAUGUAUGUAGUUAAGAGAGGGCUUCCAGCGUGUUCCAUGUGAGGAGCUGGGGUAUCCAACUGUUUAAUGUUUAAAAUGAAAUAGAACCGUCUAAAGCCC